CCUCCCACAAUUAUAAAGCCCCCAAACAUUAUCAAACCCUCAAACAGAACAAGGAGCAAGAGAAUUCCUUGAUUUUCUCAAGCAUGUCUAAAGCUAAUGUAAGGAGACAUAUCCUGGAGAAGAACAGAAGUCCUAAAGAAAAAGAGAAACCUGCAGCACAAAGUGUCCUAAACCUGAAGAAAAUCUACCCAAUUGGGCUUCAAAGGAGCACUUCAUCCUUAUCACUAUCAUCCAUAUCAUUGUCUUUGUCACAGAACUCAGAUGACUCCUCUCUAACAGAUCAUUCUAGUACUCCCCUGGAGCAAAAGAUUUCAUUAGCACUCAGCUUGAUUGCUCCUCAUCGAGAAAGAAGAGAAUUCGUCCCGGUUGUUAAAACUGUCCACCAACAACAAAGUCAGGAUCCUGGUAGUGGAGAACUGAGGAGGUGCAAUUGGGUUACAAAGAAUAGUGAUAAGGUGUACUUAUCAUUUCAUGAUGAGCAGUGGGGAGUUCCUGUUUAUGACGACAACCAAUUGUUCGAGCUGCUAGCAUUGUCCGGAAUGCUGAUGGAUUACAACUGGACAGAAAUUUUGAAAAGAAAGGAGCUAUACAGACAAGCCUUCUCUGGUUUUGAUCCUGAUAUUGUUGCAAAAAUGGGGGAUAAAGAAAUCAGUGAGAUAUCAUCAAAUAAAGCAAUCAUGUUGGCAGAAAGUAGAGUGAGGUGCAUAAUAGACAAUGCCAAAUGCAUACUGAAGAUUGUGAGGGAAUAUGGAUCUUUCAGCAGCUUAAUGUGGGGUUAUGUGAAUUACAAACCAACCAUCAACAAAUACAAAUACCCAAGAAAUGUUCCUCUUAGAACUCCAAAAGCAGAAACCAUUAGCAGGGACUUGCUGAAGCGAGGAUUUCGGUUUGUUGGGCCUGUGAUUGUGUAUUCAUUCAUGCAAGCAGCAGGAUUGACGAUUGAUCAUCUGGCUGAUUGUUUCAGAUACAACGAAUGUGCAGGCCUUUGA